UUUCGACAUAAAUGAUAAAACACAUUUAUAUAAUUAUAAUAAUAUAUAGCUACGACUUGAUCAGCAUCCUCCCAUGUCUUGAAAGCUAUGGAAGCUCUGUGGAAUUUAGAAGACAAAUGGAAGCUCUCAACCCAACAAGCCUUCAUUCUCUUAACGUGCACGGCGGUCGCCGUUGUCGGGAUCUGCACGGCGGCGUGGGCGAAGAAGAGGAGAGGGGAGAAGAAAGAUCACCGACGAGGGACGACAGUGAGGUGGUGGAAAUGGGCAGCGGAAAGGCGGAAGGGGAGCGGCGGUGGAGAGACGCCGGUGCGGCUGUUGAGCGGAGAAGGGGAAGGGGAAGAAUUGGGAAGCCGGAAUUCGACGGCGGCAGUGUGGCAACGGCCGAUAUUAAUGGGGGAAAAGUGUGAGAUGCUGAAAUACAGUGGGCUUAUUCUGUACGACGAACGGGGAAGAUUGCUGCAGGAUCAAAUUGCCGCCAUGGAAAAUGGUUACAAGGUGCUGCUUCGAAGGAGAAGCCAUAAUAGUAAAGACAAGGUUGAAGGAUCUACUCUGAUGCUCUUCCUCUUCCAUGGGAAUCUUCAAAAAAGAAGUGUAAAAAUUAUACAAAAGGGGUGAGAUUUUCCAAUGUAAUACCCUUUUCUUCUUUUUGGAUAGAUUCUUCAAAUAACCUUUUCUUUCUUUCCUCCUUUUACACAUUACGCUUUCACUUUCUUUUGAAGUCUUUGGUGCCUUUAGACAAAUAUUAUGUCUCAUAAAUGACAAAUAGUUGACUCGAUCAUACAAAUUUAACUUGUGAGACAAACAUUUAUCAAGUAGUUAGACUUGGCUGCGUACUAGAAACUAUGAGCCUUCUAUUUGGU